AUGGCCUCCUUCAAAGACUGGCUGACAGUGACAUGGGCGCAGAGCGGUAUGCACCUGCAGCCCGACGCCGCGCAAGACGAUGACUCCGUCCGGGGACGUUAUGGGCGUGCCGGCAGCCUAGCAGUAACGCCUGGAGAAAAAUUAAUGGAGCUUCUACGUCCAAGUGUGGGCACCCCACGUCGGCACUCUACCGCCGCGUGCGCAUCCGCUCAGCCGAAGCCCAGUGGUUUCGUAUAUUGUCCAUCAGACGCGCUACCUUAUUGCCCUCCGUCGAGAUUUGCUCCGCCCAGGCCAGUAAAUAAGUUACCACCCCCACAAAUACAACAACCGCCACAGCCGCCGCCAGUGCCGCAACGGACCGCUCCAGUGGUGGUACCAUUGCCUGUCCCACCACCAGCACCUCCUCGACGUUCUUCACCACAACCUCCUCGAAGAGUUCCUCCACCAACACCGCCUAGACCAGUAACAACUACACCAAACCCUGUAAUGGAUCCAAAUGGAAAUAAACGACCUAAUCCACCCCCACAAAAUCCAACACCUCCCAGAUUAGAUUGCAAUAGAAACCCUCAACCACCCGUCCCAAGACGUCCGCCUCAAAAGAUGCCAGAUACCCCAUAUACUCCCGCACCUUUACCUCAAAAUAAUCAAAUGAAGAGAUCGCCAAGUUCAGGAUCUAAUAUCAGUGUAAGACAAGACUCCAAUGUUUCAUCAGAUUCAUUCAGUCAGACAUCCUCUCCAUCGUAUACGACGAAGACGAUGGAAGCACCCUUGCUUCCCCAUCAAAACGUAAACAAAAGCCUUAAUGCAAAAAUUGCUCGAGGGCUAUUACUAAAGGAGCAACAAGAGAAAGAAUCUGGAAACUCUUCGAUAACGAAAAGUAUGUCGACGCCAGCGUCACUUCAAACGAUUGUGAGAUUUCAGAACGGCAGCAACAUGUCAUUACAUCACAGGAUGUUACGAGAUAUGCGAGGCACGAGUACCGACAGUUCUGCACAUAAGUUCCGCCUCAUGCAGCUGGCGCUCAACGCAGUGGCGUUACUUGCUAUCACCGGCGCCUUGUUCGCCUACUUCAGGGCUAAUCCCGCUGUACAGUACGUGUCACAAGUGGUGAAUCGAUCAGCCGUAGUAACAUGGCCAGUUCCAACUGAGCCUCCCGGCGCUAGGAACCCGGCACCAGGCGUGUGUCUACCGGUUAUUGUCACCUUCUGCCAGCAACACCGCAUCUCAUAUAACUUUACUGUGUUCCCAAACUACAUUGGACAUUUCGGGCAAAGGGAUGCCCAGCAGGAUUUAGAGAUCUACGAUGCUGUCGUAGACGUUCGCUGCUACGAGUUGACAGCUUUGUUCCUAUGUUCAUUAUUUGUACCCAAGUGUGGUCCGCUGGGCCACAUGGUGAGACCCUGCAGAAGUCUAUGCCAGGAAACAAUGAGACGCUGCGGUUUCUUCUUGGAGGUAUUCGGUCUGUCGAUGCCGGAUUACUUGCAAUGUGAAAUUUUCCCCGAGUCCACCGACACCGAUGUCUGUCUCGGAAACCGUGAAGUGAAGGAAGCACGCUUCAGAGCUGCCAAACCAAUGUGUCCAACGGGCUUCCAAUGUGACAUGAACCGUUGUAUACCACACGACUGGAGAUGCGACGGACACGUGGACUGCGCGGACCGCUCGGACGAACUCAACUGCCGGGUUUGCAAACGAAGUGGGGACGUGCAUUGUGGUAACCAACGAUGUAUCUCUCAAGCUCACUUGUGUGACGGCAAGAUUGACUGUCCGUGGGGACAGGAUGAAAGAAACUGCUUACGACUGAGUGAAGCCAACGGUGACGUUGGCCGUGGAGAACUGCAGGUGUAUCGCGCGGCCAAUCAAUCGUGGUUCCCAGCUUGCAUUACUACUUUAGACGACUCUACUGCAGCAAAGCUCUGUUCAAUGCUUGGAUACUCGUGGGUGAACAGAAGCGCAGUAGUGGGUGGCGCAGGCGCACGCGCAGGGAGAGGUCACGUGAUGCCCGCGCCGCAGAUUCAACAUGUUCAUGGCGUAGCGCAGUCAUAUCGAGCCUUCCAGAGGAGUGAGGGGGGGCUCCUGCGGGAACUCAGGGAUUGCAGACACGACACCACGAGAGUUCAUCUCGUUUGUAAUAACUAUGAAUGCGGAAAGCGUCGAGUAAUAGGUGCAGCAAGAAAGCGCAUAGUGGGUGGGGUGGAGGCGUCUCCUGGGGAUUGGCCGUUCCUGGCGGCGAUCCUGGGUGGACCUGAGGAGGUGUUCUACUGCGCUGGAGUCCUGGUAGCUGACCAGUGGGUGCUGACUGCCUCUCAUUGUGUUGGCAAUCAUUCCGAUGUGAAUGGGUGGACCAUCCAGCUGGGUAUCACUCGACGACGCUCGCACGCCUACUACGGGCAGAAAGUGAAAGUCCGACGCGUGGUGGCACAUCCGUUGUACAACGUGGGCGUCGCUCAUGACAACGACAUCGCCCUGUUCCAGCUGGCAGUACGAGUGCGGUAUCACGAACAGUUAUCGCCAGUAUGCUUGCCGCCGGCGCAGCGCGCCCUGGCGCCCGGCACCCUCUGCACGGUCAUUGGAUGGGGGAAACGAGAUGACAAAGACAUGUCAGAAUACGAGCCAGCAGUCAAUGAAGUAGAAGUGCCGGUUUUGAACAGAGACCUGUGCAACCAGUGGCUAGAACACCGUGACCUAAACGUUACCGAAGGCAUGAUCUGCGCGGGUUACCCUGAAGGCGGAAAGGAUGCAUGUCAGGGUGACUCGGGCGGUCCACUGCUAUGUAAAGACCCAGAUGAUCCUCAACGCUGGUACGUCGGCGGGAUUGUGUCCUGGGGCAUAAAGUGCGCUCACCCUCGCCUCCCAGGGGUAUACGCUUACGUCCCAAGAUAUGUUCCCUGGAUUCUACACCAAAUUGCGACAUAUAACGACGAUUACGCUCGCUCUGAAGAC